ACAGAGGGAGGCGAGCCUCUCCCGCGUCCCAAACCUCCCUCCUUCACUUCACCUUCCUUUGGCUUCAGACAUCGCCUCGACAGCUUUUUGUCUUUUUUUGCGAAUCAUGUCUUCACCAAAAUGGACUUAUGUUUUUUUGCUCCAGUUUUGCGGAACGCGCCGUUUCUCACGGAGUCCCCCGUGUCGGGGCUAGUGAAGGAAAAUCUCGCUUCGGCACUCGGGAGGGAGGACGAGCCGCUAAUCUAGCGCACUUCCAGACGUUUCCGUUAACUUCAGACCCUCGACGAGAACUUAAGGGAUAAUUGGGCAUGGAAAUGCUUUCUACAGAGCUGUCAUGUCUUGGCCGUAGUAAACCGCUUCAAAAAAGAAUGAAGUAACCGCAAUGGAGCCGGAUAAUGCCCCGCACUCCAAACUCAAGCAGGCUGGAGUCGGGGGGAGAAUCCUAUUUCUCUGCACGGUCCUCUACUGUACUUGUUACCUAGGCUUGGCCCAGGUACAGCCUGAAGAUGUGGAUAUCCUCCAAAAGCUGGGCCUGGUGGGAAAAAGACCUUCAUCAGGGACGCGAUCCACUCUGUUGGGCGUCAUUCCAUUUAAGUCAGGAGUUAUCCUAACUCAGCGGGUACGCAUUGAAGUGCCUGUGAACUCUGUGGUGCCAGUCCCAUUGAGCACGGAGUUCUCCUUGAUCUUCAGCAUCUGCUCGCAUCGCGUCAAUAAUGCAUUCCUCUUCAGCAUUGUGUCAAAGAGGAAGAGACUGCAGCUAGGGGUGCAGUUCAUCCCUGGAAGAACUGUAGUCUAUAUUGGCCAAAAGAACUCUGUAUAUUUUGAUUAUGACAUUCAUAAUGGCCAGUGGCACCACCUGGCUUUGGGCAUCCAACCCCAGAGGGUCACUUUAUAUACUUCUUGUGGGAAGACAAGUGUACAUGCAAAUUUGCAUUUAAAAAAUGAGGAACCUCUGGAUCCAGAAGGCUCCUUUCUUUUAGGCAAAAUGAGCCAGAACUCUGUGCAGUUUGAAGGAGCCAUCUGUCAGUUUGACAUACAUCCUUCUGCCAAGGCAGCUCACAACUAUUGUAAGUACAUUAAAAAACAAUGCAGGGAAGCUGAUACCUAUCGAACAAACCUACCGCCACUUUUACCACUGCUGCACCUGGAUCCCAAUAUCUCUGUCACUCUGCGGACCCCGAUGAGCAUAACUGAGCUAAUCAACAAAGUUAUUACUCCUAGCCUGUCACAGGAUAAAGUAAGGAUUAAUGCUGAAAUCUCAGGAGGACCUAAUACAUCCAUUCUAACGAUAUCCAAGUAUGGAUCCUUGUCUCAGCCUGUGCAGGGAACGGUGCCUCCAAGGUUGUCCAGACCAACUUUGCAGAUUCCCACACAGGCCAAAACACCAACUGUUACCCCCCUCCUUAGGACCAGGAUAUCCCCAACAUUCCCCAAGCCCACCCAGAAGAGCAGUACUAAAAAGGGGGUAACUAUAAAACCCCAUAAAUCAAAAGAUAACUACAUGCCUAUGACAGCAAAACCAACCAGAAAGAAAUUAGACAGUGUUCAACCUUCAGCAGCGAUAAAACAUCUAUCCAGGGUUUUUCCAGACUCAAAAAGGCAGCUGACUACUAUAGCUGUGAAGAGAUCUGUUCCAGAGGUGACUACAAUGCGGUAUCCCAAGCCCAAACCUUUUGUACCUGUCACCCCUGCGGCCACAGAUGGUCUUCAAACAUUUGACCUCCAACCGACACAGUUUUCACUCCUGGCUGGACCACCUGGACUAAAGGGAGAGCCAGGACCACCGGGACCUUCAGGGGAACCUGGGAAGCCAGGAUUACCAGGGAAACGAGGGCCUCGGGGUCCUCCAGGUCCACAUGGAAACCCAGGACGCCCAGGGCCUAAAGGACUCAAGGGAAGAAAGGGGGACCCUGGACUCUCCCCUGGCAGAGUUCCAAAUGGAGCAAAAGGGGAUCCUGGGAUCUUAGGACCACCCGGACUACCUGGACAAGAAGGUCGACAAGGACAAAAAGGUCAUCCUGGUCCACCUGGCCAUCCUGGAGAGCCUGGGGUGCAUGGGCCAGAUGGAAACCCGGGUGCCAAAGGUUAUCCUGGCAGGCAGGGGCUGCCUGGGCCAAUAGGAAAUCCAGGUCCAAAAGGAGUUCGGGGUUUCAUUGGAAUCCCAGGGCUCUUUGGUCUCCCAGGACCUGAUGGAGAAAGAGGUAUUCCUGGUGUUCCUGGGAAGAAGGGCAAGAUGGGUAGGCCGGGCUUCCCUGGGGAUUUUGGCGAGCGAGGACCACCAGGGCCUGACGGAGAUCCAGGAGAACUGGGUCUACCUGGUCCUAGUGGAGUACUUGGCCUUAUUGGGGACAUGGGACCUUUUGGAAUCAUGGGUCUUCCAGGGCCUUUAGGACCCAAGGGGGUAUCAGGAAAUCCAGGAGAGCCAGGACUGAAAGGUGAUAAGGGAGAAAUUGGUUUGCCAGGAGAGCCCGGAGAGCCUGGAUUCCAAGGUGACAAGGGUAUUCAGGGCUUGCCAGGAAUGCCAGGCAUCCGAGGGAAGCUUGGGCCACAGGGGAAACCUGGAGAUCGUGGACCAGAUGGUUUGCCCGGCCCUCCAGGCCCAGAGGGAUUCCCAGGUGAUAUUGGAUUACCAGGACAGAAUGGCCCAGAAGGCCCAAAGGGAAAGUCUGGAGCAAGGGGCAUACCUGGUCCAACAGGAGCAACUGGAUUUGAGGGUGAUGAAGGACCAAUUGGACCAGCCGGGCCCUCAGGACUGGAGGGUAGGCCUGGGAGGAAGGGAUUCUCAGGAAAACCAGGAGCAGAUGGGCCUCAGGGUGAGCCUGGAACACCUGGAAAUGUUGGGAUGCUUGGUGAAAGGGGACCUGAGGGGUUUAAUGGACCUCCUGGUGAGAUUGGGCUUCCUGGUGAGAAGGGAGAUCGGGGAGAGAUGGGUCAGCCAGGGCCACCAGGAGAAAAUGGAGCGAUGGGACACCCAGGAACACCAGGUGAGGGAGGACCAUCUGGACCACCAGGAAUACCUGGCCCUCCUGGUUCUAGAGGUCUCAGUGGCACUAGAGGACCCAAAGGAAGAAGGGGGCCAAGGGGUCCUGAAGGACCACCUGGCGAGAAUGGGCCAGAAGGGCUUAAGGGUCUGGAGGGUCCACCAGGGAAAUUGGGUUUAACAGGCCAGAAGGGAAAAAUUGGUGAACCAGGGGAAGCUGGACCACCAGGAUUCCCAGGAAUCCAAGGACCCUCCGGAAUACCAGGAUCAAAGGGAAUCCCAGGAAUGCCUGGACCUUCAGGACCACCAGGAACAAUAGGCCCUUUGGGAGAGAUUGGGUUGAUGGGUCUGCCAGGAAAAGUCGGCGAAGUGGGAUUACUUGGAGAACCUGGAGAGAAGGGAGCUAUUGGGCCACCUGGGAACAUCGGUGAACCCGGCUUGAUUGGAAUAAGAGGCGAGCAUGGGCUCAGCGGAGAAACCGGACAGAGUGGCCCUGAUGGAGCCAAGGGCGAAAAGGGGGACAUGGGAGUAGAGGGAGACCAGGGAGAAAAAGGAGAGAUGGGGCUGAAAGGAAAGGAGGGGCCACCUGGAGAUCCUGGUCUAGUUGGAGUCAGAGGUCCUGAAGGAAAACCUGGCGAAAUUGGGGAAAAGGGAAAACAAGGAGAGAAGGGUACCAAAGGUCACGAGGGUUACCUUGGCGAGAUGGGGCCAGUUGGUGGGCGGGGUCCUGUGGGUUUUCCUGGACCAAAGGGAAACAGGGGAACCAUCGGAUUUGUGGGUGCACCAGGAAGAAUGGGACUACAAGGAAAUCCAGGCCUGCCGGGAUAUGAAGGUCACCAGGGGCCUCAGGGACCAAUUGGCCCCCCUGGACCAAAAGGUGCCAAGGGUGAACCAGGAGAUGACGGGAAGAUUGAAGGCCCUGCUGGUCCUCCAGGUGACAUUGGCCCUGCUGGUCCAAGAGGAGCCAGAGGAGAACACGGUGACGCUGGCUACCCAGGUCAACAAGGUAUUGAUGGAGAAAGGGGGAAACAUGGAGCUUCUGGAUUGCCUGGAAACCCUGGUCCAAGAGGGCUUUCUGGACCCAAAGGAUCCAAAGGCAGUCGAGGACCAAAAGGCAAAAAGGGUGCUCGAAGUGAACCUGGCAGCAGAGGGUCUCCUGGUCCUGUUGGUUCCCCUGGUCCCAGAGGGGUUGUCGGUCGAGAGGGACCUGAGGGAAGUCCUGGCACUGAUGGAGCUCCUGGAAAAGAUGGACCUAAAGGAAUGCCAGGGGAGCAGGGAAGUGAUGGAGAAGUGGGUUUACCUGGAAAGACAGGUCCACGUGGCCAAACAGGGCAACCUGGCUUACAAGGGAGUCAAGGUUCCUUUGGAGCAAAGGGUGAGAGAGGCCUACCAGGUGAGAUUGGACCUAUUGGCAAGCGUGGAACCGCUGGUACCAUGGGCAUGCAAGGGAACCAAGGCAGCCACGGAGUUAAAGGCCAACCUGGUGAUCCUGGGGAGCAGGGAUUGCCUGGAGGGCUUGGAAUUUUUGGACCUAAGGGUCCUCCUGGUGAUGUUGGCCCUGCUGGUAUCCAGGGACCACGAGGACCCCAGGGUUUGAUGGGAUCGAGAGGUGCUGUCGGACCAAUCGGGAUUAUCGGACCCAGUGGUUAUCCAGGACCUCAAGGGGACAAAGGAAGUCGAGGGGAGAUGGGUGUACCAGGACCAAGGGGCCCUCCAGGUCCUCAUGGCCCACCAGGACCCCCAGGUCUCCCUGCUUCUUCUCUGUCUCUUAAAAAUGAGGCACUUGGUGCUGCUUUUCAAGUCAUAAUUGAUUCCUACUCUGCACUGAGGUCUGAGACAUACUCAGACAUAGACCUUCCCAUGCUGGACCAGGGAACCGAGAUCUUUAAGACCCUUCACUACCUCAGUAACCUGAUCUACAGCAUCAAGAACCCACUGGGAACGCAGGAGAACCCAGCCAGGAUGUGCCAGGACCUGCUGGACUGUGAGCACAGAGUGAACGAUGGCACUUAUUGGAUUGACCCUAACCUGGGCUGCUCUUCUGACAAAGUUGAAGUCACCUGCAACUUCACAGGCGGAGGUCAGACCUGCCUGAGGCCGCUUACUACAUCUAAGUUGGAGAUGGGUGUAGGAGUGAUCCAGAUGAACUUCAUUCACCUGCUGAGCUCAGAGGCAGUGCAGCUUAUCACCAUCCACUGCCUGAAUAUGUCUGUGUGGGCAGAAGGGGCAUCAAGACCUCCAUCCCACAAUGCUGUUAGCUUCAAGGCAUGGAGCGGAGAGAUAAUUGAGGCCAGGGGACUCAUUCAGCCUGAACUGUUAAAGGACGAAUGUUGGAUGAAAGAUGGUCGGUGGCAUCAGACACAGUUCCUUUUCCAGACACAAGAGCCCAACGUCUUGCCUAUAGUCGAUGUGCUGAACCUGCCGAACAAAAAAACAGGCUUCAAUUAUCACCUGGAGGUGGGACCUGUGUGCUUCAUAUAGUGCACAAAAGGAUAAUACUGAAAGGAAUAUAUAGAGUAGCUUGUGCGCUGAGAUUUUUGGGCUUGCACUGCUUAUACCUGGGCUGCAGACUCAAAAGGAAAAAAAAUAAGGUCCAGUGCAUCUUGCAGUCAAACAAGACUUCUCAAGCAGGAGGCUUAAUGUACAGAAAGCUCUUUUCUUUAAAGGACUACUUUCUCUCUUUAGCUGUUUUUCAAAAGAAGACUUAAAAGACACUUUGAGUGGUCAGUCUCAAGCUGCCAAAAGAGUUAAUUUAUUCACAAAUUGUGCUUUUUCGCACAUUUCCUUUUACAGAUGGGUGCCGACACGUUCUACACAAAUUUACAGUACUUAUUUUGUAUCUUUUUUUUUUUACACAUGAACAUAUGUAUUUAUAUGUAUAUUUUUUGUAAAGUGCAAUGUGAGAGAGAUUUUGUUGUAUAAAGGUGAAUCCUAUAUUUGGCUGUUAAGUGAAUUAAGGUGUACUGUCACUUAUAUUGACUUUUCUUCAGGUUUGGUGUCCGUGUCUGUCUGUCUGUCUUUCUGUCUGUAGGUCUCGUUCUAAUGAUACUUGGUGUAAUUUGGGUUAUGCAGUCCCCUCUGGAAGUAUUGGAACGGCAAGGCCAAUUCUUUUGUGUGUGCUGUAUUUUUAAGACAAUUAUAAUAUGCUUGCCAUAACAACAUAAAACCAAUGAUUCACUGACAACCCCAAAUCGUUUCUUUUGUGGUGCUUUUGCAGGCUUGUAACACAGGUUCUGUCACGUGGUUGACGUUUGUUUUAGGGGGGGGAUGGUGGAUUCUCCUUUUAUUGUCUUCUUUAGAUAAUUAAAUGCAUGCUCAGUUGGCUUAAGGUCUGCUUAUUGACGUAGUCAGUGUUCUACUUUUUUCCUUAUAAAGUGCUUUGUUUGUUUAUGGCGGUAUGUUUUGGGCCAAGAUUAGAUCUUUAGGAAAUUAAAGGUUAAAUUCUGAUCAUAUUAUAAAAUCUUUAUAAAAAUCUUUAUAAUUUUUUAUGUCUUAAACCCAAAUGUCUUUAGCGUAUAUUUAAAAAAAAACAAUAAUAAUAAAAAAAAAAAAUAGCCUUGCCAUUCAAUACUUUCACAGGGGUCUGUAUGAUAAGGUCAGGAAUAAGUGUUAACAAACAUAAACAUUCAACAUACACAACGUCUAUCUCAUCAGGUAUAUUUCACAUUACGGAGGUGAUAAGCUUGAAACUUUCAUUAAAUGUCUACCUCCAAUCUCACAAUUUCAUGGUGCUCUAGGAAUAUUAGCUUAAAGUAAAAUCCUAUGUGCAUCUCCUGUGGUUGAAUUGCCUUUGAAACAUGGUUGUGCUGACAUCUAACACAUGUCUGUAGAUAAAAUGCUUUGAAAGGGAAUAUUUUUGUAUAAACAGAAAAAAAGAAAAAACAGUGUUUUUAUACAGCCAUCCUGUCUAGAACAUUUAUUUUAUUUUGACAUUCUUGCCUUGUGUACAAAUCCAUGAAGAUAUUAUUAAAAAAAAAUGAGUGUUUGAUGUUUUCAUACUUUAUUUAGUCUGAAUACUGGACCCAUCCAGUAUUUUAUCACCUGUACUACCAGACACGGUCUACAUUUGAGUCCCCAUUGCUAUAAAGUAAUGAUUAGAAAUGCAAGUUGUUAGCAUGUGAUCCAUAAGCCCUGUUUGACUGCACAAGUGAUUUAUUUGACAUUGAAAAAGUGACCUUGACUCUAAAUAAAAUGUCUGUGCACAAAUAAGAUACACACUUUGCUAUGGAUCAUUCUAAUUGAUAAUUAAGCCUUUUGACUACGAACAGAUCUUCCUGCUGCCUUCAUGAAACUGAACAGAAACUCAUUUUAUUCUACAACAAUAACACCAAUGUAGAGAUAAAUGAAAUAUGUGUGGUGUGAAUAGCUUAAUCGUGAGCCAUAUUGUCUCAACACAAGAGGGUAUUCAGAGCAUUUUUGUUUUACUGUGUGUACAUUUUAUAGGUUUCUGCAUUUGUGUGCUCCUUUUAUGAUAACCAAUGUGUGCUGUGACUGUAUUUAACCCUUUACACCCCCUCAACCCCAUCAAUUACCCAAAUCAUAGCUGUCCAUAUCUGUGAAUUUCAUCCAUUUCUUCAACUGUGUAUUGUGGAUGGAAUACCUCAUGUUGAAAACCAAGGCAUGUUUUUUUUU